UACAGAGUCAUUUUAAAGUUUAUACAUUUCAGAUCACUAAGUAGAAAUAAAGAAUGUUCAAAUUAGCAAGUGCAUUAAUCUUAAUAACAUUACUGUCUGAUCUCUCAAUACAAAAUCCAGUGGAUGAUAUCUACAUUGGGAUAGAAAAACCUCAGGAGUAUUUUGAUCUUCCAAAGCUGCCAUACAGUUACGAUUCCAUGCUGCCAUGGAUUGAUGCUGAAACAAUGAAGGUACACCACUCUGGUCAUCACAGAGCUUAUACCGCAAAGAUGAAUGCUGCAUUGCAAGAAUGGAGAGCUUCAGGUGAAGAAAAUGAAUUAGCAAAAUCAUCAAUUUUGCAUAUUUUGAAGAAUAUUAAUAAAGUACCUGAAAAAUGGAGAACAGCAAUAAGAAACAAUGGAGGAGGGUACGUUAACCACAUCAUGUACUUUGCUACUAUGAGUCCUAACCCACACGGCAUAGAUCAAACCAUAUCUCCACAUUUGAUAUCGCAAUUCCAAAACUCAUUUCACAAUGUAUCAUACUUAAAAAAAUGGAUAAACGACGAAGCCCUAAAGUUAUUUGGAUCUGGAUAUGUAUGGUUAUGUCGAGUUCCUUUACACAAUUUUUUAACAAUCUAUCCUACAGGAGAUCAAAUAUCACCUAUCUCCUAUGAUAUGCAACCUAUCCUUGUUAUCGAUGUGUGGGAACAUGCAUAUUACUUAAAAAAUCAAAAUAAAAGAAAAGACUACAUUCAAAGUUGGUGGAAUCUUGUUGAUUGGGCCAAAGUGGAGAGGCUUUAUAAUUGGUGGAAAUCUUUGGAGCCAAGUCAUCAUGAAUUGUAAACAACAUUGUUCGUUUUGAAAGGCGUUGUGUUGUUGUUGUUGUAGCAAAAAAACUAACAAAACAUGUUGUUUCGAAUGUGUAAAAUUUUUAGUCGUGUAGCUGAAAAACGUGCAUGUUUCUUAUUAUGUGUGUUUAGAAAUUCCUAUUCUUUGAAGUGGAAUUUGUAAAUAAAUCCUUCUUAAACAUUAUCUUAUCGAAGAAAACUUUGUCGGGAAAAAAGUUGUGACGAAAAUAUUUUCUGACGGAAGUUUUCCCUAGUAAAUAAAUUUUUUCAAAGAAUGA